GAGACAUCAGAUGACUCCCCCAACGUCGAACAUGAAAAAGCAUUAUAUGUCGAGUCUAUUCUGUUCUUAGUCAAUGACACGGCAAUAAAGACAACAAUGUCGACAGUUUUGUACGAUGAUGUAAAUUAUAGUCAGCACAUCACGUUUAUCGUUGUUUAAUCUCGUUACAAAUUUCACUAAAGUGACUUUUUACUAAAGGUCGUGCCACGGGAAACAAUUCAUUCGACGUAUUAUUAACAAAACAAAUUAUUGUAAUUAGCCAUUGGGACACAAAGGUUUUGUCUUUUGAUGGCAGGGCAUACAAAAUAGUAAAUUGAGAGAUAACAUUAUAUGACGGAUCAUUUGAUAUUAUUGGCAUACAUACACGCUUCUUUGUAUUGCCUAUUUGUGAUAACAUGCGUAAGAUUGUACUUCCUGAAUCAUUUGUCACUUAAGUAUGUGUUUGUCACUGAUCAAAGCAGAUGUUCUAAGAAAUGUAUGGUAAUCAUACUGACAUGAAGAUACGUCGGAAUCAAUCUUGAAAUUAUUAUUAAAAUUUUUUCGUCUUUUGUAAAUUGAAAAGGAUACAAAAAUGAGUAACAUCCAAGAUGAAGCUGUUAUGCAAGAGAUAAUGAUACUUGGAAAACUUCUGCACCAGAAUGGGGAAAAAGUGUUAAAUGCAUCUGGGAAACUCUGUUUGUCCGCUAGUUUACUAUAUAAUUUAAAUGAAGCCUUUUCUCUGGUUGCCAAUGAAUGCGAAGAUUUGGAAGCUUCAUUUCAAGUAUGCAACAGCUCAAAAAUUGAUAUAUUUCACGAUUUGAAAUUUCUACAUGACUUUGUACAGAAGACAAUUGGACUAAAAGUGACUUAUUGUCCAACUAAUCCUAAGCUACCUGUUGACAUUACUAAAUUUAAAUGUUUGAAAUAUCUAGAGUUAAAAAAAAUCAAUAUUGAUAGUGUAGAAGGGCUUAGACGUAUUAGAGGCCAACUUGAAAGCAUUGUCUGUGCUGGUAGAAAAGGAGUUUCUGAUGUGAAACAAUUGUUGGCAAAUUGUGGUGGAGACACUGGCAUUGGAUUUGUGUGGAGUUCUUUGAAACAUUUGGCAUUGCCGCACAAUGCUCUUGAAAAAUUGGAUACGUCUUUAGAGUUAGUACCUUGGUUACAAGUAAUAGAUCUAAGUCAUAACUUGAUAACGUCUGCAGAUGAAUUAUCUUGUCUGCCAAAUUUGAAACAUAUAAAUCUUGGAUAUAACAAACUUGAAAAAGUACCUACUUUCAAUGAAGCUGCAUCACGCUUAUUGCAAGUACUGGUUCUGAAAAAUAAUUACAUAGAAAAUUUAGAUGGUAUACAAAAUUUAGAAUGUUUAACAGAAUUAGAUUUAUCGUACAAUUGUCUGAUGGAACAUUCAGUUUUGUGGCCUUUAGAAAAAAUGUCUGCUUUAUUAUGGGUAUCGUUAGAAGGCAAUCCUUUAUCGUAUCAUCCGAAACAUCGAUUGUUAUCCAUAAAACAUUUACAUCCAGCUUUGAGCGAUAGCAAGUUUGUUUUAGAUCAUUCGUCAUUUUCAAGAACAGAAAAGCAAAUUAUUGCAGAUAAUCGAUUCUUUAUGAUCAGAUCUGAAAAAUCCGCGUCAAAGGAAUUAUUCAAUUCACUAUCAAACUCCUUAAAUUCUAGUAGCUUCUCUACAUCUGUUAACACAUCUACAAUUAAUGAAUUUCUAGCAGCAACACCAGAGAAAAGAGAUAGUAUAGAAAGAAACUUACCUAAAAGUAAAAAGAAAUCGAAUAUAAAAGAAGCAGUUAUCGCGGAAGUUGAACAUGAAAAAAAAGAUGUGAAAGUAGAUCCCAGUAUUUCUUAUUUAGAAACCUCAAAAAGUCAUUUAGAAACAAAGAAACAGAUUUUGGAAAUACGAAGAAGAUAUGGAGAAGACAAGUGGUUAAGUAGUCAAGCUGGGACAUUUGUUCAAGAUAUUAUGGGAUUACAACCUUCAACAUAUUCGGUAACGUCGGAAUUUACGAUAGAAAAUUUAGAUGCUACAAAUAUGCCCAGUAUUGAAGAUUCUGCGAGUCUCUUGAUAAAAGAUACGCAAUCUUUGACGGAAGCGACUAGUGAAUUUAACAAUGAAAAUGAAGAUGAAACUAAAGUAUUAAUUGAAGAAGAGAAUGUUUCUGAAGUUGUAUUGAAUAAUGAUGUAAACGCUCUUGAGAACGCUCUAUCCGAACCUGCAUACGAUCCAGAACAAGAAGUGGGGAAUUUGUAUCUGGUUCAGAAAAAGAAAAAUUCAAACGAAUUGGAAGAUUUGUUUUUAGUAAUAACACCAAAUGUUAUUCGAGAGAGAGAUUCACUUACUGGGAAAUUGAGAUGCUGUUGGUCAACGAGUUCUGUUUUAUCAUGUGUACUUGGCAGGAGUGAACCGGUAACAGUAGAUAUGAUUUUUGAUACCACACGGGAACAUCGCCAAAACAGGAGAUAUUUUGUAGAGCUAAACACUGCAAAAGAAAUAGUCGAAAUAAUUAAUGAGACAAUAAAAACAACACCAAUAUUGUUGAAAGUUUUUAAAUGCAUGAAAUGUUCAACUCAUUUUUCUCAAGAUUCAGAAUAUAUUACUUUAAUAAGUUCAUCUGCAUCAGGUACAAAUCAGUUGAAAUGCCCCACUUGUGAAAGUACUUUAGUUAUAGAGAUCGACGAAUUAUCGACUUUGAAUGUAGAAAAUGCUACUCCCAGAGAUUUACCAGAAAGCGUAACCAAAAAUCAACAUUUGGUAAAUCCAGCAAAAUCGGAUUUACAACAUUCUGGAUCUUCCUCUAGUAUUGGUGGAACGGAGGGUCGAGUUUUAUCCGUCACCACUUCUCUGGUACAAUCUGACUCUCACACACAAGCUCAAGUCCGCUGUUCGGCAACGAGUUUGGAGGAAUCAAGAGAAUCAACACCGUCUGCAAAUGCAUUAGAUAAAAAAUAUGAAAGUGAUAUAGAAGUGCUCAGCAAUCCGAGUCAAAGUAGCAUUGAGGUUCUAGAUGAUGGGUCAAGAACACAUCUUACACCACAUAGAAAGCGCUCUUCAGAGGAAAGAAGGGCUGCCGUGGCUCCGUGUCUUUUAACGAUACCAGAUGCAGCACCAAUCAUGACUGGUUUAACAGAGAGUAGUUCUUCGGGCUCUUUGACGGAUAGUGUCUGUACCGCAUACGAAAAUAAAGUAAUGAGACAAAUAAGCAUGGAUGAAAAGUCCCUUAAUAAUAAUGAUAAAGAGAUUAAAUCUUCGCCUGUAACGAAUUUAACUUCUAUGCUAGGAGGAUUACUUCAGAGUAUAAAAAUUGGUAAUAAUAAACCGCUAGAAUUAAAAACGGAACAAGCGUCACAUUUAAUGGGUAGUAAUAUUCAGUAUUCUUAUACGGAUUUCAGCAGUAUAGAUCAUAGAAUAAAAUUACAUAUCAUUUUGAAUAUAUUCGAACAUGAAAACGAAGAGCUUAUUCUUCUUCUCAGAGCAGAGAUUCUAAUGCAAAAUAUGAAAGAUACGUUUUCUGGUUGUUUGAUUUUAUCUACGUCGAAAGUUUACGUUCUUAAAAUUGUUGGACCAGAAGGAGAAAAUCCACAACGCUGGUUGCACAAAGAGAUUAGCUGGACGAUAGACAGAUUAAGACGUUUCUCGCCGAUACCAUUUAAACAAGGUGUUCUCAUUGAAUUAGAACAACCUAACAAAACAAAUGACGAACUGAAUUCUAUUACAUUUCUCUGUAUUCUGCAAGACUUACAAAGAACGCUUAAUUUCUUGCUUUAUGUUACUGAUUUCGUGUUACCACCUAUUUGCGAAAAAGUUGAUCUCAAAAUAUCAGAGCAUUCUACUUCCUUAAUGCACCAAUUAUUAAAAAAUUGCAAAAAUUACCAGGAUAAAGAUGCUGUUAGACACCUCGCUUUAUUUUCUUCUGCGUUAUUGAAAUAUCAAGACCGAGAAGUUCAACUUAAAUUAUCUAGCUUAAUAGUAACUACUUCUGUUUUGGUGAUGUGCAAUAUGCAGUGGCUUCUUCCAGGCAACAAGGAAUCACCAUAUGUAAUAAGAGAACAAACAAUGAGCAAUUUGAUUGGAGUUGAACAUUAUAACUCUUCACUAACCUUGAAUUUCUUAGACGAAAUAGUAGGAGAAGAAGAAGUAUGGAUUUUGAACUUCGUAACCAUGAGCGCUGCUGAAGUAGUUAUUACUUCUAUACGGUCCCCAUGGGAGGAAUUAUUUUCGAUUCCUUUACAAAAUAUGAUUUCCAAAUCACAAGAUAGCGAGAGGACGGAAUAUUAAUCAAUGUACAGGAAAGUAUUCUAGUCAAAUAAAACGUAUCGAAUGAACUUCUAAGCGAAUACAGAUUUAUCAAAUUAAUAAUUUACGUAAUUUUGUACGUGUUAGUCAUAGACAUAAUUAAUUUAUAAAAAAUUUGUAAUUUAAUUAAAAAAUAGUAUAAUAUUUGACCAACAAAAAUAUACAAAAUUAUACAAUAUAACAAAUACUCUGUCGUAGAUAAUACGAUAAGUUUUUAAUUUGAUGUUUAUUUUAUAUUUUUCUUGAAGCCGCGAUUAUUUGUAAUAUUUAUGAUAAAAAAAUACA